ACGAACUUUUGCUAAACCUCCUCCCACCUCUGUUACACAUAUACACAAACACAAAAUGGAUGAUGCCGAGUUAAACGCUAUCCGUGCUGCUAGAUUGGCCGAAAUCCAAAAGUCUGCUAGCGGAAUAAGCCCAUCUACUUCCGGCUCUAGCGUCACGCCUCAGGAACAACAGAGGAGCGAUGCUCAUUCCGCUAUGCUUUCUCAAAUUUUGGAACCAGAGGCCCGAGACAGGUUGAGCAGAGUGCGUAUUGUUCGGCCAGACAGAGCUCAGGCUGUGGAAGAUUACAUCGUCCGCAUGGCCCAAUCCGGCCAGUUGAGAAAGAAGGUGGGCGAGGAAGAGAUUGUCGAGAUCUUGGACGGUGUCAGCCGUGACCAGCAAAAGCAGCAGGAAACUAAGAUUAUCUUUGACAGACGUCGUUUGGCUGAAGACAGCGAGGAUGAUGACUUCUUUGACUAGACGCGGAAGAGCCUUGUUCACAGUUCUAUUGCAAUAAACGCCAGUGAAAGAUCAUGUAAUGGCUUAUAAUUGUUUUCUCAUGCUGUAUCAUAGCCACCCCCAUUGGUUCGUGGAAAAGACUGUUUCAACAUGGUUGAGCUAAUAAUUUGUAGUCCAUGGUCAUAAUCGGUCGUCCUAUAGCUAAAUACUGAUGGCCCGCGCGAGGUACGAGUAUUGCGGCUCUGUUUUCGUACAGCCAAGUGUAUGAUCUCUAUAUAAGAUAGCUCUCUGUAUAACGAAUAUAGCUGUUACCCCGCCAAGCCCUAUUCCCUUUAGGUCAGAGACUCAGAGAGUUUUAGGAGUAACUGAACUUUCAUUAUACUAGCGGCC